UGAUACUGCUAACUUUAUAAAUACAGAAAUAUUUUGUAAAAAUGAAAUUCUCUGAAGUUAUUCAAAAGCUGUGGGAUGAUUUUAAUGUAGCUUAUGCGGAUGCUAACGUAUURAAAUGGUCAAUUUAUUGGUCGUUGUCACUUAGUGGUUAUGUAUUGGUUUCGCAAUAUAUCCAGCUUUAUUGGGAAGAAAUUGAAGCGCAUGGUAAUUUAAACACUUUGAAYGGUGCAGUCGAAUCAUUGGCCACGUUAUUCAGCGCUGUCGCUACGUAUGCGAUUGGUAGAGUAAAUGGAGAUUGGGACAAGUAUGGAGACAUGAUAAUGGCAAUAGUAGCUAUGGGACUUGGAGUCGUGUUGUAUUUUCUUUCUUUUACUGAAUCUUUAAUAAAGUCAUAUACAUACUAUAUAACAUUUUGUUGUAUAUAUCAGACUAUGGUGACAAUAUCAAGAAURAAAUUAAGUUUUGUACAUCCUGUGGGUUUGGUCCAAGUGCUCGACAGAUUUGUUCGGAGAUGUGAAAUUGAUUUCGAUACUCUUGGACAGUUUUUAGGUUAUUGCUUCUGYAAAAUAUGUUAA